AGCGCAGUCUAAACUCAUCAUGCAUAAGGAUACAUAUUAACAUUUACCUCCAAGAUGUUUGCGUCAGUCUUUGUGCUCAUACUGGGUAAGCAAGUGAACACGUCUCCACUGGUCUAGUGGAUAUUUCUUUAUCUGACGCUCCUGUUAUUUAUUUGAUCACUUUUCUCUACAGGGUUAUGCUACUCCAGCCAGGAAAACAGUAAGUCUGUUGUGUUGUCUCAGUGGGUAUACUUGAAUUGUCAUUUAAGGAUGAAAAUAGUGUCAUUGUUUUUGGGUUGUGUUGGAUUCCUGUGGUGUGUUUUUAUCUAGUUGUUGUUGCCUGAUAGGUCAACCAGUCCUGGGCCGUCCAACACUGUCUGGCCCUUCAGUGGUGCUGGCGGGAACAGUUGAAGACUUUGAAUGUGAGCUUCAGGUCUACCCCAAAAAUGAAACUAUCCUGCUGCAGUUGUACAAGUGAGUGUUUGUUCAUGUUCAUUUAAACCCCGUGUCAAAACACAACAGUAGCCUAAUCGUCAAACACAUCUCUGACUGUGAUCCUAGGGUGGGUCACCAUGAAGAAGUCUUGGCUGAAUACACCCUUCUGUCUGAAGAGGUGGCAUUCUUUCCCAAGGUUGUCAAGCUCGAACUUGAGGGUAACCUUGAGUGUAUGGCCAAAGCUCAGAACAACUCUGAGAUAGAGCCCACAGUCAGCAGCCCACACUACCUAAAGGUUAUUGGUAAGUCUCCUUUUAUGGUUUUACAUGUCUGUUUUGGAAAUUAGUGGAAAUUAAAUCUAGUUAUUGUAAGAAACUCCAAUUCCACUUAAGUUAGGGUGACCGUACGUUCUCUUUUACCUAGACAUGUCCUCUUUUUUGGGAGGUUGUCUGACCUUGUCCUUGGAGUUUAUAAAAUCCCUCAAAUAUCCAGGGUUUUGUAUGGAAGUAUUAAGUUAAUAUAGCAUGGACUAAUUGAGUGAGAAGCAUGUAAAAAACACUCAACCCGAAAAACCCUCAACAUUUACUUGAGUGACUUAAGUUAAAGUCAGCAGUGUUUCUGACUUUGUCUUUGCAGGGUAGAGUUUAAACUUGUAUACAUCCAACUUAUUCCGAACCCCAUGAGCUCUCGCGUGAAUUAUGGGCGCGACUUCCGGUAUGGACCGGAAGCGGCAUUUGUUGACAAAUGACGGCGCUAAUAAUGAGUGUAUCUGUGGGAAUGGAACAUCAGCAGGUAUCAGAGCUCUAUUCUACUGGGGCCCCAUGAGCCCAUUCCGUUAAUUGUGGGCGUGACUGGUAGCCUAUUUCGCUGGAUGUCCGUGUUGACAAAUAUUCGCGAACCCACGACUGUGAGAGACGUCAACUAUGUGGGAACAUCAACUGUCGGUGGCCCAAGAUCACCUACAGUUUCCACCCCAUUCAACUUCCAUGAACCCCACUACUUCCCACCUAAAACCACAUCACUUCUCCACUCCAGAAACCCAGGGAAAUCCUGGUACAUAACAACAGCUACAGCUGCAUUGUCCAACAUUGUUGUUAUCUCUUUCCUGAAAUUGUGAAAUUUUAGCUUCAUACUGAUGAGUAGUCCAAACGCAGCUUACACAUCAACUGUUCGGAAAAGGGUAAAACAUGUCAUUGCCUAUUUAAUACAUUGCUGUGUCCUCCACACACAUUAAGUCGUACCUGUUGCUCCCGUGACACUGCUUUGAUUCCUCUUUAGCAUCCGGCGUCAGGAUCUCAGUCGUUUUUUUGUACCUGUGUUGUAGUGCCAGUGGAAAACCCAAACGUCUUCAUCAGUUCAGGUCUGCAGGAGUUCUUCGCGGGAAGGACACUGGAUCUACGCUGUAAUGUUACUUCUGGAAAUCACGUCGACUACACUUGGCUGCUGAAUGGUCGGCCUGUCUCUCUGACUCCUCGUCACAAAGCUGUAGAAGGGCAGCUCUUGAUCACCAGGUGAGAUGGAUAAAAGAUUCAACGUUUCUGCAUGGUUGCAGGUGAAGGGUUUUCAUUUUGAACCUAGCAGCAUCAAACUCCUUUGUUGUUGUUAGUGUGAGUUUUAGUUAAUGAAGGUAGGGUACACCGCACUCCAAGAUUUCAUUAUCCAGAGUAAGCUAGAAAAUUAUUGCUACAAAAUUGUUGCUGUUUAUUACUAAAGAAAAAAGUGUACGGAUAAAAUAGUUGAUUUUCCAUUUCCACAUGAGGGCAAAGAGUUAAAUCAUUUGCAUUUCUGUUUAAUUUUUUUCAUGGUCAAUCUGCAGUCAGCGAAAAGUUACAGUUUAAUAUGAAUUGAUGUAUCUAUCUUGUUUAAAAUAAUAAUUUCAAUUGACAUUUUUCAACAACAGUCUGUUUUGUCCUGUGAAUUGUUCUUACAUGAACCGCAGAGACUUUAAAAACACGAAUGACUCGUUUUUUAAACUCCGGGGAAGUUACUUUUUUGGCACUGUUAUAUAAAAUCCUCUGUUUCCCUCUGCUUAGAUAUGAGAAAAAUUAUUUGUGUGAUCUGUGUCACCCGCAGCACCACCUCUGAAGACAGCGGUGUGUACAUGUGUGUCGCCACCAACUAUUAUAACGUGACAGAGUUCUUCACCUUCAACAGUUCUGAAAUCAUCAUCAGAGUCAAAGGUUUGUGAUCCUCUGGGGUAAAUAACCUGUAUUAUUUUAUAGAUAGUGAUGCUUUUUUGAGUGAAUGAUACCAUCUUUCAACCGUUCCCUCAGACCCUGUGUCAAAACCUGACAUCUCCUUCAAUGUGUCAAAGGAUGGCUCCAUCUACUAUGCCAUGGUCACCUGCCAGUCAAUGAGAGGAACUCCACCUGUCAACUUUACACUGUUUAACGGGACAGCCCAGAUUGAUUCACUGACGGCUCAUGAGACCAAAGCCACAUUUAGGGUGUCUUUGGUCUUAGGCCAGCAUUUAGGGCAACUUCAGUGCAAGGCACGAAAUGAAAACAGGACCGUAGAGAGUGAAUGGAUCCCACUUGAAGUUGGUACAUGCAAUUUUGGGAAUUUUUGACGUAUAAUCUCUGAUAGAAAAAGCUUUUUUAGAUGUUAAUGAUGUUCUCUGAUCCAACAGUGCCGGUCAGAGGGCCUGUGACAUUGCAGUAUGACUCUGACUUGGGAGAAGACUAUGCUGUGAUUGGUCUGAGACUCUACUGCAAAGCAGCAAAAGGAACUCAUCCACAGUACCAAUGGUUCCUCAACGAAACCCUUAUACAGGAACAAGGGAGCUUCUCCAGUAUGGUGCAUGAGCCCAGACAGUCCGUUCUCCUGCUGUCUGUGGGGGGGAGCAGCGCUGGGACGUACCGCUGCGAGGUGUCUGACAGCUUUGACAACAUCACCGCCAUAAGCAGCAGAGGGCUUUACCUGGAUCGAGAAGUGCUGAAUCGUCUUCCCCUCAUGGUGGUGGUGGUUGUCUUUGGAUCGUUCAUGACUGUGAUCCUCGUGGUGUCUGUUUGUUGUUGCUACGGAGUGCUGUUCAGUAAGUUUACAUUAACUGCACCUAUAGCCUCCAUGUUGGCACAGUGACUGAUGUUUAUUACUUUUCUUUCAGGGAAAAGGGAAUAUGGAGAGAAUUCACUGUAAGUCAUUUCUCUUAUUGAUUCAAAGACAGCUGAAAACAUAGAUGUAGUCUCAGCCCAUUGCUUUCUGAGAAGGCUCGCAAAGCUGGUGGUCACCUUAUUGGAAACGCAAACCCCAACUAACUCUUACACAUUCAUUUGUGCGUUAGCUUCCUUUUCAACUUGAACUGCUUGGUUUUCACAUGGUUGGGAAAUGAUGACCUGUUUCCGACGAAGCUGUUAGCUCCUCUUGUAAAGAGGAAGGUUAAACUUGAUACUGAGCAGGCUUUUUUUUUUCUUUGACUGCCAAACAUGUUGGGUGCUAAUCUAUACAUAAAAAAAGAUUAUAUUCAGCAACAUGUUACAAUGCAGCAUAUCACACCUUUAAACAUGAAAUCACAUUAUUUUGUUUUAGUCACAAAAAAAUGAGCAUUUGUCCUUUUUUUUGGACAUUUCUGUGUAGAUCAAAAGUGAAAAAAAAGACGAGCAAAAGCAAUUAUGCAUGACAGGUCUGAAUUAGCCUUAUGUGUAUCCUUAUACAGCCUUCUGUAUCUUUAACUUUAGAGUAUUAAAUCUUGAACUUUAAGUGUCUUAAAAACAAGAUCUGUAUUAGUACAUUCAAGACUUUUAUUUUGAUGCUUCAGUAUCGAAAAUAUCAGUAUUGUUUUAUCUAAGAAAAUUGUUUUUUUCGGGGUUUUUUGUUUGUUUUGUUUUUUUGCUAUUUUUUGGACCAAUUUUUUUUCUUCUAUUUUUUUUGUACUGAUAUUUUCCCCCUCUUUCUGUUUUUUUGCACAAAUAUUUAUUCAGUUUUUUGUACAAUUUUUGGUCUUUUUGUUUUUUCAGACAUUAUUUUUUCUGACUAAGCGAGACACUCCAAAAUCCUGCGAGAAUCUCAUACAAUCGCAUACCGUUAACCAAACCGGCUGCUGUAAAUCAGCAGGUUCUCCACCUCUUAAUUAAUUUUGACCACGGGGUCAAUGAGAGUAAAGCAUGUUAUUAGUUAAUCAUAGGGUAUGCAAAUCCGAAGGUGCCUUAGCAAAGUAGACAAACUUAUGAUGAUUCCAUCUAUCUGACUUAAAUAAAACAGUAUCUCCCAGUGUCUCAAACCCAAAACAAAGUAAAACUUGAUUAAACUAAACAAGUGGGCCAUGUUUGCUUUCCAUAAAUCAAGCAGAGGGGGAUGAAAGUGUCUGUUUUUAAAUGAUCAUGAUCCCAGAGAAAAGGAAAAACAAUUAGUCUGAAAAACAAAACAACAAAAAAAAUUAGUCUGAAAAACAGGAAAAUUAGUAUGAAAAACAGGGGAGAAAAUAUUCUGAAAUUCAGAAAGAAAAAAAAAUUAUCUGAAAAAUAGACCUUCCUUUCUUGGUAAAUGCAAUACACUUCUGUUAAAAAUAAUGAACUUCAAAAAUACUCAACACCUCUUGCUUCACUGACAUGUUUUCACAUUUUCAUGCCAAAGAAAGUUCAAUUUAAAACUCCUGUCAUGAGUUUCUGAACAUUUAUGAGACAGACUCCAAUUUUAUAAUGUAUGAAAAGAGAGGACCAUAAAAAUCCAGACAAAUUAUUUUUCUCUUGUAAGUUUGACCAUUUCUCACAUGAGAUCCUGACAAUAAACAAUGAAUUUCACUGUCAAAAGUUAACAGGAUGAGAAUUAGUACUACGACUUCCUCACUGGAGCUUCAAAUAUGAGUCAUUUAUGUAUUUAAUGGGAUAUUGAUUUAAUAAAGAGCUACUUAAGAUUUCUAAAGCUCCAUAUAAGAUGACACACUGAAUAACCUUUGGGUCCUUAGAGCUACAGCCUAAAACUUUCUGCACCUUUAGCACUUAAACAAACCAAUCCUGUUUCAAGACUGCUGUUCACAUGGUGAUUGACUUUUCCUGCUUCCAGGUGGAGCGCGGAGAUGGUCAGAAGAAAAGUGGCAUAUGAGGAUGAGCUGGUGAGUGCAGACCUCAUUCUCAUCAUGUUUUAACCCUGUUUACUUCACCCGUGCAUUUGCAACCACGUGAUCAGUAUCAACUUUGACACAGAGCUCCUUUACUUCUGACAGGAUGUGUCAGAGUACCAGGAGGAUGUUGACUUGGUGCAGACAGCUCGGGGAGGAGACUCUGAUCAGGUGAGAUAAAAACAGAUCAGUCAGCUUUCUGAUCUAGAAGACGAUUAAACUGUUCGACUCAUUCAUCUAUUCUCUGAGUUUAACUACUUUACAAAGUCAGUUUUUGUUUUUCCAUUUCACAAACUGAUUCUUCUGAUGGCUCAUUUGUGUUCCUUUGGAAUUUGUUCAAAUUCAACUUCAUUUGUAUGGCACUUUUCAGACAAAAACAACAAUCAAACAACAAUAAAACCCGACCCUUCGAACCCACACAGCCACCCAUGGACCUACACACACACAGACACACGCACAAGCACACACACACAAGCACACAAAGAGUGAGAAUUUAAGAUAUAUUAUCAAAGAGACAUGGCCUGACACCGAGACAUUGCGUGAGGAAAGAGCUACCAUUGGGAAACACUGGAGAUAAAAGAUAGAAAAUGGUAUGAAUAAAAUGAACAAAUAAGUAAAUAAGCUCUUUACCGUAUAAAAAUGGGUAAAAGCGGUAAAAACCUCUAAGGCGGGAGUUAAAGGUGAGGUAGGCAGGCUCUAAGGAAGUGCCAGUUUUUGGGAGAAAUCUUGAAUGCGAACUCUUCCCCUCCAAACCAUUUUUGUUUUUUGCAAGCCCCGCCCACAAACAAAUGCUCCUGCUGGCUCGUAUCGUUCUAAUUAAAUUCAGAUAUAAUGCUGAUAAGUACUUCAGAUAAUUACAAAUGGAGCCCAGUCAACAUGAGCGUAAAAAGCAUUGGUGCUACUGUAGAUGCCAACAGACUACCAGCAUACACAAUGUUUGUAGGACUUCUACAACUAGGAUAAAGUGACUUAGUCCAGGACCCGAGGUCAACAGUUUAGCGGUGCUACAACACGCUACAGCAGGUCCGUUUGACAAGAAACACUUCAGUUACAGACACUUGACUUACUUUGUUAAAGCGGUUUAUCUGUCUAGCAGAAAGGUUACAGGGUCACCAAGAUCCCGAAGCAUCCCCCAUCAUUUAUGCUAGCUUCAUUGAUGUUGACGGCUUUUGAGCUCUUGUCCGGUCUACCUCCUUUUUAAGCGUCCAUUAUUCCACCAGAGUCUCCGGUAUUUACUUCAUUUUCUUGCUUGUGUUGGCAGUCAUGGCCAAAGGAGGAUUCAGACAAUUUUCUGUACUUUCUGGUUGGGUUCUACUGUCCGAUAUUGUAGCACGCUAACUUUGCUCCUGAAUGACACGAGGAAGCAGCGUCCGCCUCACAACCAAUCAGGUUGGGGAGGCAGAGAACAGCUUUGUUUACAGUCAGAAAGAGCGGGCCGCUGAAAAAUUUUAAAAUGUUGACUACAGAGACGUAAGAGAACACAGCGAUAUUGUUAUAUUCACAAAUAUAAUCAAUAACUAAUAUCUAUCGACUGAUAUUAAAAGCUUUUUUGUAAAUACACCACAAAAAAGAUGCUUCUUUAACGGAUUCCUGCCUACCCCACCUUUAAGAAGAGGACUAAGAACAGAGUUAAGAACAGAGAAACAUUAAGAAUUUAGAUUAAAAUGAACAUUUGCAAUAAGAGAAAUAUAAAAAGGCAAUUAGUGAAAAGCCUGGUUAAAAUGGUGACUCAUGAGCCUCCUCUAAUAGUUCACUGUUUAUAAGAUUUUUUCACUCCUUUUGUUGCAGCUGUUUAAUUUUAUCUGAGUCAAAAAUACACAUUAGCUUGUAAGAUAAGGCUUCCAACUGAAUUUCAUCAUCACUGCUUCUCUCCUCAGACCUCUGAAGACUCUGUGGAUGAGUGGCCCCAAAUUUUGAAGAGGAGAAGGACUUUGGAAGAUGAAGCAGAAGAUGAGGACUGAGGGUUCAAGCUUUAUGUCCUGUUUGCAGACUGUUUUUGAAUAAACGCCUUAUGAAAACC